AUGGCCCCGAUUCCUCUCACUAUUAUCACCGGCUUUUUGGGGUCCGGAAAGACAACCCUCAUUCUCAACCUCAUCCCUCAACUUCGCGCCCAAAACCCCUCCUAUAAGCUCGCCCUUUUAAAGAAUGAAUUCGGCGACCUUGCUAUUGACUCCCAGCUGGCGUCCAGCUCAGCCAUUUCCGGCGUGCAAGAGCUUCUCAACGGAUGCAUCUGCUGCAACCUCGUAGGCCAACUCGGCCCCGCGCUGGCUGAACUCGAAAAGACUGUCGCACCGGAUCGCAUUAUUAUCGAGACGAGCGGAUCUGCUUUCCCGGCAACUCUGGCCUUGGAAGUCAACCGGAUCGCAAGAGACACGGGGAAAUACGUGCUUGACGGGGUCAUCAGCGUGAUUGACGUUGAGAAUUGGAAGGGAUACGAAGAUACAAGCUACACGGCCAAGAUUCAAGCGCGCUAUACCGACUUGAUUGUGUUUAAUAAGUGGGAAACGGCGGGAGAAGAUCGCUAUGAAGAGUGCUUGGAUAGAGUGGGUGAUUUAGAUGUUGAUGUGGCGCGGGUGAAGAGCGACAAGGGAUUUGUUGAUAUGGGCCUGAUAUUUGGUGUUGACGGGGGUCUGGCUAAGGAGCUGACGGAGGCUGAAGUUGAUGGCAACCACGAGCACAGUCACCAAACGAACGGUGAUGCUCAUAAACACAAUCACAGCCAUAGCCACGGCCACCAGAGCGAGGUUGAGGUGCUCUCCGUCGAGCUCAAAGGCGACAGCGGUACUGCCGUCUCAACGGACAAGCUGCUCAAUUUUCUCAAAUCAGCCCCCAAGGACGAGGCGUAUCGUAUCAAAGCCGUCCUUACCCUUUCAUCUACACCCAGGAACUCUGACCCCGACGUUCCACAGCCAGAGUCUAACCCGCGCGGUCGAUACAUUUUGAACUGGGCGUUUGGCCGAUGGACGUUUACCUCUCUCGCUGAGAGCACAGAAGAGCAUGCUUCAAGCAGCGGCGUUCUUUUGCGACUGACAAUGAUACUGGGACGAUACGAAAGCAAUAAAUGGAAGAAGAGGCUGGAAGCUGGCGGCUUUAUAGAAUUAGAGGGAGUGAAUAAAGGGGAGUUGGUUGUUAAGAGGAUAUUAUAG